UGUUAGAGGGCAGCUCUGUGACUCUGACCUGCAGCAGUAAUGCCAACCCAGCAGUGCAGGACUACACCUGGUAUAAAGUGAAUGGGACAGAGAUGAACGCUGUAGGAACUGGACAGAAUCUCACCUUCAAUGUGACUGAGUCCAGUGGCAGUGAACAGUACUACUGUGAAGUACAGAAUGACCAUGGCAAGGACAACUCAACAACUGUACAGCUGAAUGUGAUAUACAUGCCUCAGAUCUCUGGCUCUGGGAGCUGCAGCAGAACUGCAGCAGAGAUCAGCUGCUCCUGUGAGAGCCGUGGGAAUCCCUCUCCCAGUGUGGAGUGGCGUGUGUCUGGACUGCGGGUCACUAACUCCACUGACAGAGUCAUCAGGGAGGAGCAGCUGGGGAACACAGUUCUGAGGAGCUCCCUCACCAUGCGCCAAUCACAGGGAGACACGCCCACUCUCCUCUGCGUCAGCACCAACACUCUCGGCUCCUCCAGCCUCCAGCUCCACCUCCCGUCUCCACAGCAACACUCCGGUUUUGGCAUUAUCUCACUGCUGAUUGCUGCAGCUGCCGGUGCUGGUGCCAUGAUGAUGAUAUGUCUCAUAAUGCAGCACAUUCUAAAGAAGAAGAGACACAGCCAGUGUUCUGGAAGUAGAAUGAAGGACAGCGAAGGGCUCAUACUGACAGAUGGGACGGCCGCUCAAGAUGAGGAAUCGAUCUACGUCAACAAGACCAUGCUGUCGGGCGCGGGUGUGGUGGAAAAGGGGGACGAGGCCGCCCUGCACUAUGCCACCGUGGAUUUCUCCAAACUUCACGGCACAGGUGGGGAACACGGAACAGGCAUCGUCCGGGGCAUUUCCAAGCGGCCAUACGACUACGCCGUGAUCCGACACAAAUCCAGGGAAGAGAGAGAAGGAGGAGAGGAAGAAGGUGAGGAGGUGCAGGAGCAGGUGGAGAAGGAGGGCCAAGCUGAGCUGGGCACAGAGAGGGAGUGGGCCGAGGCAGGGAGCGAGAAGGAAGAAGAGUCUCGGCCGAAUCUGAGCCCACAGGCCUCCGUCAACCCUAAGCCCACGGAGGAGGCCACCUACGGGAACAUCUGCCGCUCCAGGCCCACUAAGAGGGCACGGCAGGGACUGCAGCAGCUGCCCGGGAACCCUGCUGCAGAGGAGGAGCAGGAGGAGCAGCGCCAGGAGGAGAACUCAGCAGGAGGCCAGGAGGACAUUUACGUGGAAGUCAUGAGCUCCCUGACGGAGGGUAACGGAAAGGGAACGGAGGAGAGUGAGUACGCUGAGGUCAGGAAGCCCAAAUAAGUCACCAUGGAGAUAGGCCAACUCAUCACACCUUGCUGCACUCUCAUAAUGCCAAGAUAUUGCUUUACAGACUUGGAUGGAGUUGCAAAAAAAAUAGCAGAGAUUUUAAUCAGGAGAUUAGUGUACAGAAAACUAAGUGAGCUACUCCAGGAAAUACGAAAUACUCCAGGCUGUGAAUAAUGCUCAGAGAGCACCCAAUCAGAAGCCAGCACAGAGCAGCAGGCUAAUGGGCUCAAGACAGAGUGAGAAGCAAAGCAACUAAGGUAGAAUAAGUGUUGUGAUUUAUUAACUCUCGAAUUGCUAACAGGUGAACACGCAAUCUCAUAAUCAGAGUGAUGGUUAUGUCACCCUCUGGUGACCAGCAGGAAGAGGUGCAGCUUGAAUCCUCACAGUGGGAGAUGAGUUGUUGCUGUUGGGGCAGUGGGAAUCCCAGCAUGGAGCAGCCGAUACUUGUGUCUGUUUCUUAAUGUCUUUCUUCAGGUCAUCGCUGGAACGUGCAGCAACAAUGCCACGCUCAGGGUGUGCUCGCAUUGGUCAGCACUCCAAUAGUAAACAGAGAUGAACAUUGAACAUUGGCAUAUCCGCCAUUUCAAAAACCAGCCUCAGUGCCAUUUCACAGGCUUGCCAACUACUGAUUUUGAUGUUGUUAUGCUACACCCUUCCUAUGCUGUGGAGACCCCCCUCCAAAUUAGCAUUAAAAAUUUAGACUUUCUUUGCGCAAAACACAACUUCAUGUAAAUCAAACAGAUCCAGACCCCUCAUUCUCUUGAUCAUUUUGAGGAUUGUGUACCUUUUACACUUUUUACUAUUUUAGAUGAAUAUUAUAGUUCUCCCUCAGAAAAGAGAAGGGAGCUAGCCUGGGGGAAAAAGUGCUAUAUCGAGUUAAUUCAUACAUUUCUCUAACUGUGUGGUCACUAUCUUGUUUGCUGAAUAAAGUAUUUAAGUUGUU